AACACCGUGUGACGUAGGCGCAGUCACAAGACCUCGCUAGCGGAGCGGAGCGCGUGAGGACACAGGGCAGCAGGUCCACACUCCUGUUACGUCGUGUCUCGGAGUGCAGUGUGACACCAUGGCCGCGGACAAGCUGCACUUGCGGGUCUUUAGGAGCAGAAGAAGCGUCGGGUUUCUGUGAACAUCGUUUCCCCAGUUAUCACCGGAACCAAGCUGCCCUACCUAGUGCGCGUGCGUUGUCGGCGAGCUCAGCCGCACAUCCUCCAGCCUCGUUAGCGAGUAAAACAUCGUGUGCGCUCACGUCGCCGCUAAGCUAGCAGCGCUGCUAGCUCGACCGGGUCUUCUCCGGUGGGCGCCGGUGUGCGUUGUGGGGGAUGUUGUCCGUGCUGUCGUACGGGAGACUGGUUGCCAGAGCUGUGUUCGGCGGACUUUCCCAGACAGACGGCCGCGACUACAGCCUGGUGACGGCGAGCUGCGGCUUCGGCAAGGAUUUCUGCAAAGGCAUCCUGAAGAAAGGGAUGUGUUACGGGGACGACGCGUGCUUCAUCGCCCGUCACAGAUCGGCCGAUGUUUUGGGUGUGGCAGAUGGAGUCGGCGGCUGGAGGGACUACGGAGUUGACCCAUCGCAGUUUUCAGGGACCCUGAUGAAGACGUGCGAGAGGCUGGUGAAGGAAGGACGCUUUGUCCCCAGCAACCCGGUGGGAGUCCUCACGACCAGCUACUACGAGCUGCUGCAGAACAAAGUGCCGCUGCAGGGCAGCAGCACGGCCUGCAUUGUGGUUUUGGACCGGCAGAGUCACCGGCUGCACACGGCCAACUUGGGAGACUCUGGCUUCCUGGUGGUCCGCGGAGGGGAGGUGGUCCACCGCUCAGACGAGCAGCAGCACUACUUCAACACGCCCUUCCAGCUCUCCAUUGCUCCGCCGGGAGCCGAAGGAGCCGUCCUCAGUGACAGCCCUGACGCCGCAGACAGCUCUUCCUUCGAUGUCCAGCUGGGCGACAUCAUCCUCACCGCCACCGACGGGCUCUUCGACAACAUGCCUGACUACAUGAUCCUGCAGGAGCUGAAGAAACUCAAGAACUCAAACUACGAGAGCAUCCAGCAGACGGCCCGCAGCAUCGCAGAGCAGGCCCACGUACUGGCGUACGACCCCAACUACAUGUCGCCUUUUGCACAGUUUGCCUGUGACAACGGACUGAAUGUAAGAGGAGGAAAGCCAGAUGACAUCACAGUGCUGCUGUCUAUAGUGGCGGAAUACACCGACUAGAGGUGGUGUGGAGUUGUGCAUCAGGGGGGCAUCUGCCUCUGCAGGUGAUGGACUGCUCUGAUUCCUGCUGGCCAGGAUAAAGGACUGAUGUCAGAUGCUUCCCCCAUGCAUCCGCCCCCUCUACUCCCCUCUACUCUGCCCCCCCCCCUUCUCUUAUGUCCAUUAGACAGUGGCUGAAUAAAGGGGACUGGAGGCCUGACCCAUCCUCUUGGCCAUGCUGCAGUGUUGGCAUCUUCCAGUGCAUGUUCCAGUGCUCACUGGAUAAUCCCAUUGAUGGGGAUAAGCAGCCAUUGGGCACGGUGGAGAUGAGGAACCUGUCGCACAAGGAUAAGUCAUCUUUCUCUGAGGGGUGGUUUGGGCUGGAAGGAAGUCGAUUGAGACGGGAUGUGUGAGACUGUUAAAGUGGCCCCAUGCUGGGCAGCUGAAAGGGAAAGAUGCAGUCCAUCAGUAGUGCCGAGAGGGGAGCUGCACAGGCGAUGGCAGCAUUAGGGCUCAACAUGGGCAGCCUUGUGCAAGCAAAUGUUCCUCCAUGAUACAGUGGUAGUUGGAAAACCUCCGUCAAAGGUCCUGGAACCUUGUGUUUGGUAGUAGGAAAAUACCAGUGUGCUUUUCCGGGAUGUUUAUAUAAACAAUAUAAAGAUUUAAAAAAUAAAGAAAAUGUAGUGUAUGCGACAUUAAUGCAUCUGUGGUUAGUUUCUUGGCAGGGUGACCCAUUAAGAUUUCACGAAGCAGAGCAGCAGCUGCCUUUUACAUACCAAUUCAAGUCUUUUUUACUUCAUGGCUGUUAGAAGGAUUUCAUUGUUAAAAAACCUUGCCAGAUAUAUAUAUAUAUAUAUAUAUAUAUAUAUAUAUAUAUAUAUAUAUAUAUAUAUAUAUAUAUAUAUAUAUAUUUAUUGUGUCAAACUGAUGCCCUCACUUUAAAUCUCACAGCUGCCGCUGAUGUCUUGUUUGCGAUUACAUGUGACGCGUCUUUGAAUGUGUGUGAUGAAUGCUGUCUUGCUCGUCAGUGAGUCUAUUCACAUGGUGUAAUUACGAGCGUCUGAAAUGGAUGUGAAGGCUAAAGAUUUCUCCAUGUCCACGGUUGGUGUCGCAGCCUUAAACGCACAAAUCUUAUGAAGCAUAUCUGAAAAAGAUCAACACAUUGGAAGUUGGUCAGGUGACCAAAUGUAUUUUUGUAACUUCUUUGUUCAGUGGGAUUGUUGAAUUCUUUGGACUGAUCACCGCAUCAGAGUAGCUUGAGAAACUGUUGUUCAAUCAGUUUCCCUUUUCUCCUCUUUCCCUCCUGUUGUAGCGCUCCAAUGGCACAUUCAGAAGUCACUGCAGGUCUCAUGUGAUACAUGGUCAUUAUGUUUCUAUUCAUACAUCACCAUAGAUUUGCACUGUGCAUCUACAACGACUUUAACCCACAGAUGAACAAUAUUGUGUAAUGUUCUAAUGAUGUGCCUUGUAUCAGGUGUCGUUGAUACUGGCAAACGUCCACAAUUCCUUGAACCCCAAACUGUGUGCCAGGUGUUGAGCGCAAAUCAUAAAAACAGUUAGGUAGCCAUAAGAGUCGAAACAGCUUCCCAUCAUGCCUUGCUGUCUUAACACAAAUCUCCUGAAUCUGCUCCUCUGCACUCAGUAAUUUAGGAAUAGUGAUAAAGCCAUUGCAUUCUUAGAAAAUCCUCUGUCAGACCACCGUUUACAAUCUGCACGAUCUAAUGUGAGUGGUCAAGAUGUGAGUUUUAAGUGUUACCGCACUGAGGAAGAUCUAAGUUGCCUUAAUAUUAUUACAAAGCAAUUCUCCCCGUCAGACGGUACUUCCUGGCUUGUACAUGCCCUGACACUUUUCCCUGUCAUAGCUCAUCUUCCUCUUUCAAACCCUUUGUUACAACCAGAGCAUGUGUCUGUAUAUAUUUGUUAGUGUACUGAAGAUCUAAGCUCUGUAAAAAAUGUUUUCAAGUCUGUACAAUAUUUAAAUAAAGAGUAUAGUAUUUAUUA